AUGUGUAAUAAUUCUUUAAGACACCGCCCCCCUUUAUCUUUCUAUGUUUUUCUGUUUGUAUGUGUUUUUUGCACUUAUGCUAAGGAGCUUAUCUCAUACAAGAAAAGAUCUUCAAGUGAUUCAUGUGCAAAUAAUUUCUGGUCCAGAAACUUGUCAGAACCCAACAAUAAUAAAAACGUGAAUUUAUGUAAUAUCAAAUUAAAAUCCAAUUCAUGUGAUUCAAAUUUUAAAAACGAUAUAUACACAUCUAGAUGGUCUUAUAAUGUUAAUGAAUCUGAAGAGAAAAGCAAUUUAAGAGAUGAUGUGGAAAGAAACAAUUUCAGAGAAGAUUUAUAUAAACCAUUAGAAAAAAGCAACAAUGAAGAAGAAGAAAAUAAUAAGGUAGAAGAAGAAAGAAAAAAAAUUGAUGAGGAAAGAAAAAAUAUUGAUGAGGAAAGAAAAAGAAGAGAGGAAGAAAAUAAUAAGUUAGAAGAAAUGAAAAUGAGAGGGACUGAAAAAUCGAAUGACACCUUUUUAAACAAUGAAGAUACAUAUGCAAAUGUAAGUUGCCAUAUGGGUUCAUCGGAAUUAUUAGAAAAUGAUAUGGAUGAUGAUAUCGAUUCAAAUAAUAUGGAUGAUGGUAACGAUUUGAAUGAUAUGGAUGAUGGUAACGAUUUGAAUGAUAUGGAUGAUGAUAUCGAUUCAAAUAAUAUGGAUGAUGAUAACGAUUUGAAUGAUAUGGAUGAUGAUAACGAUUUGAAUAAUAUGGAUGAUGAUAUCGAUUCAAAUAAUAUGGAUGAUGAUAUCGAUUCAAAUAAUAUGGAUGAUGAUAUCGAUUCAAAUAAUAUGGAUGAUGAUAACAAUUUGAAUGAUAUAGAUGAUGAUAACGAUUUGAAUGAUAUGGAUUAUGAGAACCAUUCGAAUGAUAUGUCCAACUCUGAUAAUUUUAGUAAUAAUAUAAAUAAAUUGUUGAAUGUUUUAUCAGAUAAUGAAAUUGAUGAAAUGAUUAAUAAGUUACAUGAUAUGCCUUCAAAUGAAGAGAUGAGGGAUAUAUGGAAGGAAUUAUGUACAAAUGAAAAAUAUAAAUUUUUUUACCUUGUAUAUGAUUUAAGAAAAUUAUAUGAAGAAUCAAUAGAUGACAUUGAUAAUAUUAAUGAAGAGGAAGAAGAAAUAUGGAAUACUUGUAUUUUUGGUGUUGGUAAGGUACAUGUACAAGCCUCAGGAACUUAUAACGAUUUGUUUGAUAUUUUAUUAGACGAUGAAGAUGUUUCAAAAGAGGAUUUUGUUUAUUUUGUGAAUGAAUGUAGAAGUAGAUUAAAACUUUUGAGAAAUCAAUUAAAAGAUAAAUGUGAAAAAAAAAUUACGGAUGGUUUGUUUAAUUAG